UGGACGAACAUUCGAAUGAUAAUUUAUAAAUAUGAAGGAUUUUUUUUUUAUGGAAUGUUUUUUCAACUUUCAUUUCUCGUGGGAAUUUUUCUGUUGAUGGAGAUCAGCGAAGCAUGUGCGCCUCAUGUGGAGCGGCAGGUGACGUUUUACAGGGAGCCACUGCAGCCGGAGCAGAUCGUCGCAUACGCGCUGUAUAGGUGGGCCACAGGAGAGUCUUACGAUAACAGCACAUCAUCCUUCGGCAUGGGCAGGACUUCCGGAGUUCGAAUCGUGCGCGAUGUGACAGCCGCCAUUUUGAGGGUGUACGGGGAGAAGAUAUCGUGGCCGACGGGGGUGCAGAAACAAGUCGUCGUACGUUUUUUUUUGGACAAGUGUUUUCCAAAUUGCCAUGCCGCAGUUGACGACACACACAUCUACGUGGACAAACCGGCGAACGCGCCUAGCGAGAACUACUUCGACCACAAGGACCGUUUUUCCGUCAUUGCGCAGGUUGUGGUGGACCUGGAUCUGCGCGUCCUUGAUGUGUUCGUGGGUUAUCCGGGUAGCUGCCACGACAUUAGCGUGAUCCAGCUGUCAAGUCUGUCGAGGCGCGCGGAAGAGGGAUUGUUGUUUCGUGGGCCGCCUGUGACGCUGCCGGGAGGGGUGACGACGAACGGAUACAUCUUGGGCGACAACAGGUAUCCUCCUUCUGAGUGGGUGGUGGUGCCGUACGGAGGAAUCAAUCAGCACCCGAACGAGGAAAGGUUCGACACGAAACAGAAGGUCGCAAGAGGGGCCAUUGAGAGGGCGUUCGAGAGGUUGAAAGGGAUGUGGAGGCUCUUCCUGCGGACGCACAAGACGAACCUCGAGAGUCUGCCGCAGCAAUUCACAGCGGUAUUCAUUCUCCACAACAUCGUGCUCGAUGCAGGAAUCGAGUUCGACGAGAAUUUGUUGUGGGAGGUAGACGCUAACGGGGUCCAGUCCGUCGCGCAGCGAUCCUCGGGGCCAUGUCGUCCGCAACUCGGCAACGACGAACACGUGGACGAAGGAGCGCGUCGACGAAGGAGCGCGUUGACGAAGGAGCACGUGGAAGCACGACGCUUGGAGAUCGACGACGGCCACGUCGACGAAGGAGCACGUGGACGAUGCGCUGUCGUGGUGGGCAGGAGCCGCGACAAGGAUGGCCACAGAAAAAAGAGCACGUGCUUGCGGCGCGUGAGGGGGGACUGCACGCAGUGCAGAAAACUUGAGAGUGAAGGCGCAAAGGGCGGGAAGUGCUGGCUUGCGGCGACGAAUCAGUGAUCAGACGACACCGUCGGGGACGUGGACAAUGGAGUACUGUCGGGGACGUGGACAAUCAGUGAUCUCCUUUUCAACGCGGUGCGCCAACGCCG